AUGGACUACUGCCCAGAUGCACGAUGUCGAGAAACAGAAGUCUCAGAAUUUCUCCUAGACAAUACGCAAGAGGGUGCGCAGACACCAUGCCCGCAGCUUCACUUCGCUCCACGCCUGCGAGCCAAAUGGGAGUCGGAGUGGUCGCUGGCCCGGCCAGCCGCCCUGCACGAUGAUGAGUGGGCGCGAGGCCCUGCUGGGCAGAUCCGCUUGCGACAGCCGCUGACCAUCCUACUGUCUCUGCCAAACAGCGGCACGACCUGGAUCAUGAGCGUGCUGGAAGAGGCCACGAAGAACAAGGGCUGCGUUGCUGGCAACAGUGACAUCCUGCAUCCGAACUGCAAUGGUCUGCUCAUGAAGGAGAUCUCAAAAGUGGCCGGAGCACCAGAUCACGAUAGCUGGCGCAACAUUUUCGACUCUCCGGUGCCGGCUGCCAUGGACCUGUUGCUGGAGCUGGCCACUGACCAGCUGAACGUCAAAGCCUUGGCCGAGGUGCAAGCAAUGCGCGUGUCCGGCUACACCGCGGGUGGUGAAGCACUGCCAGAGGAGUUGGUGUGGCCCUGGAAAGGUUUGGUUCCUCGAAGGCUUGACGUCACACGUGUCAGGCUCCUGCUCACCAAGGAGAUCAUCAAUGUUUACCAGGUUUCAAAACAUCUGGAGUGGCGUCAACGCUCUGGCCAGCGACCGGCGGUAACAGCCUUUGCAUUGUAUCGCCACCGCGCGCAUUGCUUCCCGAUGUCCAACUCCAGUGCAGCUCUCUGCAAAGAGUGCUGGUAUCAGCAAAUCCUGCAUGCGUUUGAGCUUGCCGACUUUUCGGAUGACGUGGUGAUGCGCGGGCUGCAGCGCUGGUGGCUGAGCCGGAAGCACCUCGUGGGGGGAAGAUCAGGUCCAUCCGGACUCGUGUUUGCACACCUGGUGGCAUGGUUUCCGCUUCUGCGAGCACAGCCCUUCGGCCUUUGCGUGCUGGACUACGCUCAGCUGAUGCUUUUGGAUCGGGUGAAGCUGCAUCAGUACCUCAACCAGACGCUGCCUGGCAACCUGUUGCGAAACCCCGGCGCUGAGAUCAUGACGAGAAGUUUCAUCGUCCAGCGCUUUGCCAAUCCACCGGCUUUCUUCGCCAAGCGGGAGAGCAGCUACUACAAGCUCGGAGCUGAGCCAUUUGCGCGCGCUGCCAUCGCGGAGAUGCGGCGCUUGGAUCCCCGCACGGACUUCUCGCUCCUCGAGCCCCCGCGGACACAAGCAUGGAUACAAGAGGGAGCACCGAUAGACAAUGUCAAUAUCAUCUGCAUCAUUGGGCUCCAAGACCAAAGCAUGGCUGACGAGCCAGAGGAAGGGGAACCAAAGUAUCAGUACGUCUGGCUGUUCGUGAGGGGUGCCGAGAAGCCGCGCGAGGCUCUCUACCUGACUGGCGACUCCUACGAGGGCACUUUCGUGGAGGGAAAGGGGCUCUACGUCUUCAAGAAAACUGGCGACAGCUACGAAGGCAAGUAUGAAGAGAACAGGAAGCAUGGCUUUGGAAAGAUGACGUACAGGAACAACGUUGGCGAGGACGAGGAAGGUGACCCCCCAGAUGAGAACGCCCCACCAAGAGGAGGCACGUACUUGGGCAAUUUCACUGCCGGCCUCCGCGGAUGCCUCGCCAAUGCCGGCCCUGAGGCUCCUGCAGAUGGGACUUUCACGUACGUCAAUGGAGACGCUUACGCUGGUCAGUGGAGGGAGGGCAAGAAGCACGGCAAAGGUACCUACACGUUUGCCAAGGAUGGCACCCAGCUAGUCGGAGAAUGGGAAGAUGGCAAGAUAGUCAGCGGCAAGUGGGUGUUCCCAAACGGCACCUUCUACUGCGGCAAGUUCAGGUACAAUAAGCCCUAUGGAAAGGGAGUGUGGGUCUUCAAGAAUGGCAACCAACUUGCCGGCGACUACCUGCAGAAGGAGCAGGCUACGGAAGAUGAGCCGGCAGAUGAUGCGGAGGCUUGCUGA